AAACAGAAGCAGACGAUAGGAGAAUAUAACCGCCUUCAGUUUCAGCAGAUCUGCUCAGGACAGGUGCCUGAACCGCACACAGCUCAGACUGUACUUCAGCUGUUAACACACUGCGUGAUGAAGACUCCACUGUGGACGCUACUGUUGCUUGGACUGUGUAACCCAGCAUGGUGUGACUGCCAGAAGGAUUGCCUCUUCUGCAGCCAAAAACUGCCUAAUGAAUAUGCCUUCAACAAUUUGGUGUGUCUGGUGGAGUGUCAUGGUAAACUUUCUCCAGGCGACACCUGGGAGAUGUGUCGCAGGACCAUUGUGGAGCAGAAACCAAAAGCCUUGCUAUCGGUUGGCAAUGGCAUGCUGAAAAGAGCAGAGGAGGAAGCGGACAUCUCUCUGCCUGUGGACCAGGAUGAUGGGCAGUAUUCUGAAACCCUCCAGAGGUUCGACCACAUAACACGGGCCUUGGGAAUGGACGAUCAGGACCAAGAUAUGCAGCUCAGUAAAAAAUACAAGUUCCUGCAAGUACAGUCAGCACAAGAAUCUGAGGAAGAGCGGGAUAGAGAUAGUGAGAUGGAAGGCGAUGAGGAAGAGGCUGCCGUCCACCUAAUCAAACGCUUUGGAGGCUUCCUCAAAAACAAGUAUGGCUACAGGAAGUUCAUGGAUCCUGGAAGGUCUUUGCAAAAAAGAUAUGGGGGUUUCAUAGGCGUCCGCAAAUCCGCCCGCAAGUGGAACAACCAGAAGCGUUUUAGCGAGUUUCUCAAGCAGUAUUUGGGCAUGAGUACUCGAGCUAGUGAGUUUAAUAGUAUGUCUGCUGAUGUCACCCAACAGAAUGAAUAAGCUUUGACCUUUGAAGUGAAUAAACUUACCAAGCAAAUCAUUUGU